CAAGACCUUUCCAAACAGAAAGCAUCCUUGAUGCCCAGUUCCUGUGGUCCACGUCCCUGGUGAGUACCCAUACUUCCCUUGGCUGAAUUCCUAGUCUCCAAGCCAUUUUUAGGUGAAAUCCACCCAGGUCCCCACCCAUGUGCCCCAUGUUGGUGGAGAACCCACAGCAACAUGGAACUCUGAGCCCCUUUCUGUGCCUCUGUCUCCACAGGAGAGAGAGUUUUCUCCAGAUUUCUGACAAUCAAAGAAACUAAAGGUGGUUAACCUGUCAGCAAGGAUCUCUCAGAAUCCUCCAUCCACCCUGAGGACCAAGCCAUAGGCCAGGCCUCUCGACUUCACCAAACCUGCAGGAGGGAGAAGUACAGCCAGAGACCCAGAGGAACCAUUGAGAGGGAUGGCGUGAUCAGAACAAGCCCUGUGGGGUCAAGGACAGGUGUGAGGUCACUUCCGUGUAGAUGGGUAUACAGGAAAGAGCUCCCUGCAGGGGCUCAGCAGCAUCCAGAUCAGGUUAGGAUCUGGAAAAACCGGGGCUGGUAACAGUUAACAGCAUGGACACAAGAGACAAAGGUCCCAUGCCGUAUGAACUCUGCACACAACUUGACAAAACAGCCCACCUCAACCACAAGCACAAGGAACAGCACGACAGCCAGCAUGACGAGACAUCCUUCACUCUGCAAACACCCAGUAGAUUCCUGGGGUUUGGGGGACCUCGUUGAACAGUAAAAACUCUGGCCAUGCCUUCCCCCAUGGAAAGAGAGGAAGGUGUAUCCUGCCUUACUACUUGGGAUGACCUGGGAGUGCUCAAAAAGCCUUGACUACCCCGCUAUGAGAAGAGAGAAGGCUGAGCAGAACAGAACUCUCCCUAUCCUUGCUUCACAGCCUAGACCCAGCCCAGCCAGUCUGCAGGGCUCCGAACCUCCAAUGCGCCGAGGUCCACACUAUCAUCAGGGUUCACUUUAAAGAGAAGCAUGGCCAACAUGCUGUGUGUUCCAGAAGGCCGGCAUGGUUCCACACAUUUCCAUUCCCUGUCAGCUUCUUUCUCUCCACAGCCUUAGGGGCAUGCAUGCUACUGCUACCUUUUCCAUUUCACAGCUGAAGACAGUGGACGCCCAGAGAAUUUAACAAAAUGGGCAAGGUCACACAGUAGUUCUUAGUGUUGUGAUUUCCCAGGACUUGAUCCCAGGCAACUAGAGCCCAGAGCCUGCACGUUGAACAUCCACACUGAAUUUCAAAAUGCAUCUUGAUAAAUACUUGCCUUAAAAAGGGAGUUUUGCUGUCAGCACAAUCUGGUGCCCUUCCAGGAUAGAAGUACUUUGUAGCCAGUGAGGACCAAGACUCUGUUGCUGUGGCUCACCCUGUCCCUAGCUGAUAAAUGCAACCCCACAGAGAUAACACUGAAAAACAGAGAAACACAUGGGCAUUGUCUAGAUAAGAGAGAGUAUAAGAGACUUGAAAAUGAGGGGGGGAAACAGCUACAUGGCACAACGAGAGGCCUGGACAGCACUGAGAACAGCUCUGGCUUCAUCUGGAUAAAGGGAAGGAAUUCACGUAAGGACUGAGUGCUCUGAGUGCUCUAGCUUUGUGUGGGAAACACCUAAGCACUCUCUCCUCUGCUGUUUCAGAGCCAUGAACCUGGUAGGAAGGAGCUUGGCUCUGGGCUGGAUGACUACCAUCUUGGUGGUACAGGUGUCCGUGGCAAGGCACUCCAGAUGGGCCCUGAAUGCCAAGACCCAGGCGUUAUGGGACUUGAGUCCUCAAGAGCUGGAGUGUGUACACAACUUCCUGGUGAACAGGAGAGAGCUGGAGCUGCAGUCAUUCAAGGAACUGACGUUGGCCAAGAACUCUGUGUUUCUCAUUGAGAUGCUGAAGCCCAAGAAGUAUGAGGUACUGGAUUUCCUAGAUAACAGAGCCAUGCCACCUGUACGGGAAGCCCGUGUCCUCAUCUACUUUGGUGCCCAGGAGUAUCCCAAUGUCACUGAGUAUGCUGUGGGGCCAGUUGAGCAGCCCAUGUACAUGAGAAAACUGAGCCGCAAGGGAGGCCAAGAGCUGUCAUGGGCAUCUAGACCCAUGUCCAAAGUAGAGUCUGUCCUCCUCUUCCAUACUCUGAAGACAGCCACCGAGCCCUUACAAGACUUUUUCUUUGAUAUCACUGGCUUCACGCUGCAAGACUGCAAUGGCGGCUGUCUGACCUUCACCAAUGUUGCCCCUCGAGCUAUGACCUUCAGAAAGCGCUUGAGCUGGUUUCUCUUGCAACGCUUGGUGAAUGGCUACUUCCUGCAGCCCACGGGUCUGGAGCUCCUUGUGGAUCACGGGAGCACAGAUGCCCAGGACUGGAGAGUGGAGCAGGUCUGGUAUAAUGGCAAGUUCUACAACAGCCCAGAGGAACUGGCUCAGAAGUAUGCAGACGGAGAAGUGGCCAUAGUGGUCCUCGAGGACCCGCUGCCCAAGAUUUCACCACAGUACUCAACCUACAAGGCCAGUGCUGAAUUCCCCAUGCCUAUCAGCAAGGGUGGUCCUCGAGUGCUCCAGCCCAGUGCUGAAUUCCAAAUACCCAUCAGCAAGGGUGGUCCUCGAGUGCUCCAGNCCAGUGCUGAAUUCCAAAUACCCAUCAGCAAGGGUGGUCCUCGAGUGCUCCAGUCCAGUGCUGAAUUCCAAAUACCCAUCAGCAAGGGUGGCCCUCGAGUGCUCCAGCCCAGCGUUCCCCCGUAUAGCCUAAAACACAACACUGUGAUCUACGGGGACUGGAGCUUCUUCUUCAAGCUGCACUCUUCUUAUGGGCUUCAGCUCUUUAAUGUGUACUUCGGGGGUGAGCGGAUCGCCUAUGAGAUUGGUGUACAAGAGGUUAUGGCACUGUAUAGAGGACACGCAGCUGAAGGCAGGGAGACCAAGUACGUGGAUGUGGGCUGGGGCCUAGGAGGUAUCACUCACCAGUUAACUCCAGGCAUUGACUGUCCCGACACAGCCACCUUCCUGGAUGCCAGCCACUACUAUGACAGUGACGGCCCUGUCCUCUAUCAACGAGCCCUCUGUAUCUUUGAAGUGCCCAAAGGAGUCCCCCUUAGGCGGCACUUCAACUCCAACUUCAGAAAUAGCUUCAGUUCCCAUGCCAGGCUGAAUGGACCCAUGCUGGUUCUGAGGACAACAUCGACAAUCCACAAUCAUGAUUACAUCUGGGACUUCAUAUUCCACCCCAAUGGCGUGAUGGAAGGCAAGAUGUAUGCCAGUGAUUAUGUCCAUGCCACUUUCUACACCUCAGAAGGGCUGGUCCACAGCACUCACCUGCACAGCCACCUACUUGGAAACGUCCACUCCCACCUCGCGCAUUACCGAAUUGACCUGGAUGUGGCAGGUACCAAGAACAGAUUCCAGACACUGAGGACGAGAGUGGAAAGCAUCACCAGUCCCUGGACCCGGAGAAGCCAGCAGGUCAAGCCCAUACUUGACAAGACUCAGCACUUCUGGGAGCGCCAGGCCGCCUUCCACUUCAGACAGACUCUGCCCAAGUACCUGCUUUUUAGCAAUGCUGGGGAAAGUGUGCUAGGUCACAGUCGGAGCUACCGCCUGCAGGUCCCCUCUGUGCCUGAGCAAAUGCUGCCCCCAGGCUGGCAGAGCUCACCAGCUUUCACAUGGCCCAGGUACCAGCUGGCGGUGACCAAGUACCAGGAAGCCGAGCGAUUCCACAGCAGCCUGUACAACCAGAACCACCACUGGGCUUACCCUAUGGUCUUUGAGGACUUUGUUCACAACAAUGAAAACAUUAAAGAUGAGGACUUGGUGGCCUGGGUGACCGUGGACCUCUCACACAACCCCCAAUCUGAGGAUGGCCCCAACAUGGCGACACAAGAGAACUCUGCAGGAUUCUUGCUCCAGCCGUUCGAUUUCUUCCAGGGCUUCCAGAGAUAUACAGCAUCUCCAACUCAUUACCAGUGUGUAUGCUGA